CAGUUAUUCAGGAGGCUGUUUGGCUUGUAGAUGCUGCAGGACUGCCCCAAGGCCCGGCGCGAGGUGGAGCUACACUGGCGGGCCUCCCAGUGCCCGCACAUCGUGCGGAUUGUGGACGUCUAUGAGAAUCUGUAUGCGGGGAGGAAGUGCCUGCUGAUCGUCAUGGAGUGUUUGGAUGGUGGAGAACUCUUUAGCCGAAUCCAGGACAGAGGAGACCAAGCAUUCACAGAAAGAGAAGCUUCAGAGAUCAUGAAGAGCAUUGGCGAGGCCAUUCAGUAUUUGCACUCGAUCAACAUUGCUCAUCGGGAUGUCAAGCCCGAGAAUCUCUUAUACACUUCCAAAAGGCCCAACGCCAUCCUGAAACUCACAGAUUUUGGCUUUGCCAAGGAAACCACCAGCCACAACUCUCUGACCACUCCUUGCUAUACGCCUUACUAUGUGGCUCCGGAAGUGCUGGGCCCAGAGAAGUACGACAAGUCCUGUGAUAUGUGGUCCUUGGGUGUCAUCAUGUAUAUCCUGCUGUGUGGUUAUCCGCCCUUCUAUUCCAACCAUGGCCUUGCCAUCUCUCCGGGCAUGAAGACUCGCAUCCGAAUGGGCCAGUAUGAAUUUCCCAACCCAGAGUGGUCAGAAGUAUCGGAGGAAGUGAAGAUGCUCAUCCGGAACCUGCUGAAAACAGAGCCCACUCAGAGAAUGACCAUCACAGAGUUUAUGAACCACCCCUGGAUCAUGCAAUCAACAAAGGUCCCUCAGACCCCACUGCACACCAGUCGCGUCCUGAAGGAGGACAAGGAGCGGUGGGAGGAUGUCAAGGAGGAGAUGACCAGUGCCUUGGCCACAAUGCGCGUCGACUACGAGCAGAUCAAGAUAAAAAAGAUCGAAGAUGCCUCCAACCCUCUGCUUCUGAAGAGGCGGAAGAAAGCUCGGGCCCUGGAAGCUGCGGCCCUCGCCCACUGACCCGCUCAGCAGGUCCUUCUCCGCUGGAGGACAAGCAAUAACUCUCGACCUGAAUAUAUUUUUUAAAUGAAGAGACAGAACUGUCCACUGCUGCCUCCCUCCUCCUCGGCUGCUCGGAGCCUGGAGCCUCGUGAGAGGCUGACUCUGCCUUUGGUUCUGGCCACCCCAGAGAGGGUGAGGCUGGGGGUCUGGAGGGCAUGGAGAGAGGGAGCAAGAUGCUCUUGAACCUGUGCUCCUUUUGCAGUUUUAUCAGUAAUUUGAAUUAGGAUUUUUAUGAAACUUCUUUUAUUGUUCUUUUCCCCACUCCUCUUUUCCCCCAAACCCCUUCCUCUUGUUAAAGGGUAUUUGUGGAAACUGUUGAAGGGAAUCUCCCUGUGUUGUCCCACUGCCCCAUUUCCCCACUACAGCCGGAGCUCCUUGCUGGCUGAGGCAACCUGGAGCUCAAGGCCAUGAGGGCCGGGGCCAGGAUGCCACCCACCUCCUACUGGAUCCCUCGGACAUCACCAGUGUGCCAGACGGAUAGGAGUGAGUGUGAUUGUGCGUGUGUGUGUGUGCGCGCGCUCCCACGUGUACCUGUGCCCAUGCGUAUGUGCCUGGGACUGCACAUUUGUAGGGCCAGGGGCAGGCAGGGCUGCAUAGGGAGGGGCCCUGUGUGGCUCAGGAACCUCCUCCCUCCUCGGGCCUGCUCUGCCCUGCCCGUGCCGGGCCUGCCACCGUGCCUGGGAGCCUGUCUAGACCCUGAGCCAGGCCCUGCAUGGCCAGUCUCUGUUAGCUGGCCCCGGGAGGUGGAGAGGAGUGACUUAAGCACUGGCAGGAAAUCAGGAAGACUGGACUGCCCACCGCUAGGACCCUUACUCUCCAUUUAGUGCUGGUCCUAGUCCUCUGAGGCGCUGAACUACCGAGUCACCUCUGCUUCCCUUCUGCCAUUGUUAAACCAUUCUUGUCUCUUUUUCUUACAUUUUUAGCCAUUUCUCAACAGGCCUCUCAGCUCAUGUGGGUGAACCUGGGCACUUUAUAAGUGGCACAAAGCUUCUGCAUUUUGCCUUGGGCUCUGGGGGCGCUGGCAAGCCACCCCUUUAUGGGCCAAGGCAAUACCACCCUAUGGCCCUCCCACACAUUUCCAGUGUGUGGCCUAAUGGGUGGGGGGGGUCCUCACACCAAAGAUGUCCCCACUCUGUCCCUUCCCCAUUAGCAGCUUCAGUCCCACCCCAAACAACUUGGCUUCAUGUGGCCAGGCCAGUGAGGGGAGGGUGAGGAGGGUGGGGAGGGCCCUCCCCCAGUAUUACUGAGGGGCAUUGUGGAGAGAGAUCCUCAGUGCCAUGGUCCCUUUGGGGCAGGGGCAGGGGUGGGGUGACAGUAGUACUCCAGCGUUCAUCUCCCUCAGGGCAGGGUGGUGGAGGGGCACUCAGGUCUUCUCUGUCCUGGGGAAGGGCUCCGAGUGCCUGCAGUGCCUCCCAUGUCUGAUGGUGUGUCCGGCACUUAGAUUGUUGUAAACUGUUGUUUUGUAUGAGUGAAACUGUCUUUACUAAACAGAUUUAAUAGUUGAAA